AUGGCCGCAAUGUUCAGCCAGAACCCGCUCAUGAACGGGCCCAACUAUUCUUUCUCAGAUGCUCCCAAGACACGGGGCGAGCCUCGAGAGCAUGCCUUCAACCCCUACACCGACAAUGGCGGCUCUACUCUGGCCAUCUCGGGCGCCGACUUCACCAUCAUGGCCGGUGACACUCGCCACACCAGCGGCUACAGCAUCAACUCCCGGAUGUCUCCGAAAGUGUUCAAGAUCGGAGGCACCACUGCCAACCAGGACGACGCCACCAUAGUUCUAUCCGUCUGCGGAUUUGCCGCCGAUGGUGAGGCUCUGCGCGAUGGUCUGGAUACCAUCUGCAAGAUCUACCGCUACCGACACGGCAAGCCAAUGUCCCUCAACGCAUGUGCCAAGCGUCUCUCCACCAUUCUCUACCAGAAGCGAUUCUUCCCAUACUACACGCACGCCAUGCUUGGUGGCCUUGACGAGGAGGGCGUGGGUGCUGUCUACUCUUAUGACCCGGUUGGAAGCUAUGAGAGGGAGCAAUGCCGAGCUGGAGGAGCUGCGGGCAGUUUGAUUAUGCCUUUCCUGGACAACCAGGUCAACUUCAAGAACCAGUACAUUCCCGGCAGCGGAGAGGGCCACGAUCUCAAGGAGAGGGAGCGUCGUCCAUUGUCGCGGCCGCAGGUCGAGACCAUUGUCAAAGAUGCCUUUGACGGUGCUGUGGAGCGUCACAUCGAGGUCGGUGACACUCUCCAGAUGUUGAUUAUCACAAAGGACGGUAUCGAAGAGGCCUUUUUGCCUCUAAAGAAGGACUAG